AUGGAUUCACGCCGGAAAGAGCGGGUGUUCCCUUCGGUCCGCCCGUCAAAACCAACGUCCACACCGUUAUCCAUCCUCGAUGCCACUGUCGCGCGGUUCUCGCCAACUGGAACGAUAUGGAUGUUCGAUGCAACGACAGAGGCGACGCCAUCCCAAGCUCUGGUUUCUCGGCUCCGGUCAUCGUUUGUGAGCACACUCAACUCCUAUCCUCAGUGGACCGGCCAACUUCACUGGACACCAGUUCGAAAAGGCGGAGGCCACUGUGAACGCUUCAACCGCCCAAUGAUUACCUAUGGCACUCACUCGGACCCUGGAGCUGAAUGGACCAUCCUCCACCAUGAGAAGGCGCUCGAACAGCUGGUCCCCACGGCAGCCGAAAGGAUUUCGGGCAAAGGUGCGUGGAUGGGGACAGACUUCCGGCAGGAGGACUACAUCUCGGAUACCCGGUUAGCAUUGUACAACUUACGUGACUAUGAGGGUCUGCCUGGGAUGACUGUCCAGAUAAACACUUUCACCUGCGGCAGUUAUGCAAUCGGCGUGCAGCUGGCCCACCCUUUGGCUGACGCGCAGGCACUGAUGGUAUUCGUGCAUCAGUGGGCGGCAGCUUCUCGCGAACAGCAUGGACAUCCUGGACACUCCUUCAUGGGUUCUCCGGUUUUCGAUCCGGCUAAGCUCGACGCUCAUGCUGCUGGUAACAUCGACUCUGACGUGGCAGACGGUGCUUUAACCUCUCUAGCACGCGCCCUGCCGAUGCACCGUUAUGAUUGGUGGGAGACUUCAACCCCGGGCUACCCUGAAUUUUUGAUACCUACCACAGAGGCGUCUAAACCGCCAGCAGAAGUAUUAGCUGGACCCCCGUCUCCCUCGACGUCACCACCUUGGCAUACGUGGAAGUUGGACUUGCCUGUAUCCCACGUACAGCUCCAUUUCAGCCCAUCUGAGAUUCUCAAUAUGCGCAGUGCUGCUAGGGAGUUUCAACCGGGCCGCCCAGAUAUUUCAAGGCUGGAUAGUCUUCUGGCCCAUCUCUGGAGCCUUAUCAACCGAGCUCGAGGGCACUCACAGUCCGAUGAAGCUGUAUAUCUCAAUAUCUCAUUCGGCGCUCGAAGUCGCGUGUCACCGCCUCUUUCCGACUCCUUUAUUGGAUCUCCGAUAUUCCUCGGAUACGUACAAGCUCCUGGAUCGACAGCCAGCAUGCACUAG